CGGCGCGCGCAGUCGGCACGUGACGUAGGUCGCUCCCGGAAGGGCGGGAAGGGGGGAGGGGGCAGCGGGGCCGGGCCGGGCCGAGCCGCCGGGUCCCGUCCCCGUCCCGCGUCCCCGUCCCGGCGCCAUGACGCUCGCCGUCUUCUUCGGGUGUACCUUCAUCGCCUUCGGGCCGGCGCUCGGCCUCUUCCUCUUCACCAUCGCCCGCGACCCGCUGCGCAUCAUCAUCCUCAUCGCCGGGGCUUUCUUCUGGCUGGUGUCGCUGCUGCUCUCCUCCCUCAUCUGGUUUAUCGCGGUUAAAGCCAGCGACCCCCGAGAUGAGCCUUUGCAGAAGGGGCUCUUGAUAUUUGGGGUGAUGUUCUCUGUGCUGCUGCAGGAGGCCUUCCGCUUCCUCUACUACAAGCUCCUCAGGAAGGCCAUCGAGGGGCUGGUAGCCCUCAGCGAGGACGGCUGCUCCCCCAUUUCCAUCCAGCAAAUGGCAUAUGUGGCUGGUGUGGGCUUUGGGCUCAUGAGCGGCGCUUUCUCCAUGAUCAAUCUCCUGGCAGACGCAUUAGGGCCCGGCACCGUGGGCAUCCAUGGGGAUUCACAGCUCUACUUCCUGACCUCAGCUUUUAUGACCAUGGUGCUGAUUUUCCUUCACACCUUCUGGGGGAUCCUCUUCUUCCACGGCUGUGAGCACCGUCGCUGGUGGGAGAUCAUGGCAGUCGUUGUCAUGCACCUCGCUGUUUCGGGGUCGACGUUUUGCAACCCCCUGUACGUGGGCAGUCUGGUGCCCUCCUACCUGGUGAUGGCUGCUGCUGCCACCUGGGCUUACCUGCUCUCGGGGGGAUCUGCCCAGAACCUGCGGCGCUUCCUGCUCUGUCUAAGGAGCGGAGCCAGCCCCCAGCCAGGAUCCUGAGACCCCGCAGGAUCUUCCUGUCCCCGGCCACCCCUGCCCUUCCUUCCAUCCUGGCAGCAAGAGCAACCGUCACCUUCUCUGCAAUAUCUUUUCUCCUGAACUGGGGGGACUUUGGCCAGUGGCAGCCAGCCAACUGGUGUGGCUGGGGCUGGCUCACUCUGACACCCUUUUGGGAACCCCUGGAGAACAUCUCAGUUUUGGGGGACCCAGCUUUGCUGGCCCUGCCACGAGCGGAGCCCCAAUUAGCCUGCUUGGGAAGGAAUGCUACCUUGGACUGCUGGAGGCCUGAGCCCAAAGAAACCCAUUGCUUCUCCCCCUGCUGCAGACCAUGUGCCGGAGCCAGGGGGGCCUGCAUCACCUCCUCACCGCAGGUGGAGGAAGUGGCUUUGCAAAGCACCGCCACACUCUGGGUCAGGGCUGACUGCUGUGGUGCUACUUUCUCCACCUCUUUGCCCAGCCUCGCUGCCCCGGGAGCCUUGGCUCCAGUGCUGGACUGCAGUAGCUGCAGUGAGCCAGCAUCCUGGCGCAGGGAGGAUGGUGGUGGAGUGACUUGAGGGGAUUGACAGCACCCAGGACAGGAGGGGGACGGGGAAUAGACAGUACCUAAAGGACCUAGUGGCAUGGAAGGUGGUGGAGGGCUCAGGAGGAGAUGCAACCCUGCAGCUGGUGCCGGCACAUCUUAGGGAGGGGGUUCAAGGGGCCAGUCCAGUGGGUCAUUGACCUCUUCUGCACUUGGAUGGGGAUUUCAGGCGGGCACCAGCCCUGAUGCUCUGCCACAGGGCUGGGAGGGAGAAGCUGCCAUCGGGCUCAGGGCUGAGAAGGCAGUUUUAUCCAUAAUGGGCUUUUGUACCAAUAAAAGAAGUACCACAGACAA